UCUUUUCAGCUAUUUCAAUCUGUGUUGCAAUGGGCUUUACGCAAGAUGAUAUCCAGAAUGUAGUAAUAUUGUUUUUCUUUUCUUCUCUUGUAACGUUACAUUUAAGUUAAGCCGCGAGGCGCCUUUUAUUUGCAUUGUUUAUGUGUAGACCGGUUGCACUGCGCACUAAAGUAACUUAGCUAAACGGCGCAUAACUACAGUUGUAGAAAGUUUCAUUGGUGUGUAGGCUACUGUUUUUGCGUAAAUGAUGCUUCAAGCUGAAUGGCGCUUUCCACACAAACUUCGAAAACUUUCCGUGACUGAUGUAAGAUAAGAAAACGCGUAGGCAUGGCAACGCGAUGAACGUUACACUUCAUUUUCCACCUACAAAGAGGCGCAGGUUGUUUACAUGACAGUCCACGGAUCUUCACGGGGGUUUUGAUCGCUAUUUUGCGGUUUUAUUCGAAGGCAGGUAGCGAAAACAUGUCUUUCUGUUUCAUUGCGUUCUUCGAGGCAAUGGAGACGUGCAGCAAGUUUCUGAGGAAAAGUUUAUGAAUAGCGUGAUCGAGAGGAACGGCAUGGUGUGGUCACCCCUCAUACCCAGGGUCAUCUGCACCUGUGAGGUCUUCUGAGAAAAGGAAGUACGGGACGGCGCAUUUCACAAGCAACGAAUGUAGAGCGAGUAAACUUUUUGAGCACUGAGUGGAAAAAAAUGGAAUGAUUCCCAGGCCAGAAUGGAUGUGGAAUAAAGGAUACCUCAGAGGGCUCCUCGGGGAAGGGUCUUUGGAUACUCUGACAGCUUUGAUAUCUGCCUCCCUGUUGGAUUUGAGUGUGAUAAUGCUAUAACCCAAUGCUUAACAGAGAUAUGGUACGGAAAAAGAAUCCCCCUUUGAGAAGCUUCGGCGGUGAAGAAGAGGAGGGCGAGGUGGUGGCGGCCGAGGCCACAGGCCCAGAGAGCGGGAACGCGGGGAGCCAGGCUUCAGAGCCCGACAGGGCUGUGGGCGAAGAACAGGAGGAACCGUCCUCCCCUGGCCCCAUCAAACCAGACAGGCCUGACUUGCAUAACUCCAGCCACAACCUGGCAGCAUCCUACUCCAGCCGCGAGGGCACUGAUACAGAACCGCUGGACUCUACCGCCUCCCCAACAAACUCUGAUCCAGGUGAGAGAGGAGACUGUGAGGAUGACCGGAACAAUCUAAAACCCUCCACUCGGUCAGGCGGUGUCAUCGUACAGGGCUGCACCAGUAACGGAGAGGAGAGGGAUGACACACACAGCCCACUAGCAUUGCUGGGCUCUGACAGCCCUCAUGGUGUGUCUGUCGAAGGUUCUAUAGUCCCUCCAGUUACACUUCAUCCACAGAGGCCUAUUGGGGGAGUGGAGGACGCCCCUAGCCCUCUGGGAGCUGAGACAGGAGCACCUCCACCCACCUCACCCAAACUACAAGACUUUAAGUGCAACAUUUGUGGGUAUGGUUACUAUGGCAACGACCCCACGGAUCUGAUCAAACACUUUCGGAAGUACCAUUUGGGCCUGCACAACCGGACACGGCAGGACGCGGAGCUGGACAAUAAGAUUCUGGCACUACAUAACAUGGUGCAGUUCACAGCCCAAACACAGGCCAAAGACUCAACGCGCCUCCUCGGCCAGUCAGCUCAGAGCGGCUCUGCGGCGGAAGCAGGGUCACCCAGGUCCUCCGUACUUAAUGGCACCUAUGACGUACAGGUAACGUUAGCUGGCACCUUUAUCGGAAUUGGGAGAAAGACGCAGGACUGUCAGGGCAACACCAAGUACUUCCGCUGCAAGUUCUGCAACUUCACCUACAUGGGAAGCUCUUCUGUAGACCUAGAGCAGCAUUUCCUGGCCACCCACCCCAACAAGAUGAAGAGUCCACCUCCAUCCAACCCCAACCUCGAGGAGAAGUCCUCAACUGAACGGAAGGGGAACUGCAUUCCACGCAUUGAGGCAGACGAGCAAGGGAAGUGGGCCGAUCGGGUGGCGGUGAGGGCCGAAGAUGACACUGUGGCUGGGUACUCCGUACCAAUCAGGGCAUCACACUCCCCUAGCCACACUGGAGGUGACCCCCCUGCAGCGUAUUACUGGUGCAAGUAUUGCAGUUUUAGUUGCGAAGCUACCAGUGCUUCUAAGCUUCUGGAGCACUAUGAGAAGAGACACGGCCAGGCGGCCAUUAGGGAAGGAAGUCCAGAGGAAAGGGAUAGAAAGACCCGUGACGGAGACUCCCACUUACGGAAAAAGGAGAAGACUGGAGCAACGAAUGACCCAGAAACGGUAGUAACCAGUUACAACUGCCAGUUCUGCGACUUCCGUUACUCUAUGACUCACGGUCCGGAUGUCAUCGUUGUGGCUCCGCUUUUGCAUCACUACCAACGGGCUCACAGCAUUCACAAGUGCACCAUCAAACAUUGCCCCUUCUGUCCCCGUGGGCUCUGCACUCCUGAGAAGCACCUGGGGGAGAUUUCCUAUCCCUUCGCUUGCCGUAAGAGCUCCUGUUCGCACUGUGCUCUACUUCUGCUGCAGCUAACAGCCGGAGGGACCACUACCCCAUCCCCGCCAGCUCCCCGAGCGUCUGUCACCCAUCAGUGUGACCAGUGCCCGUUCACCUCGACUGAUAUUGACUUGCUUCUCUUGCACUAUGACAGCACCCACACCUCGCACACCUUACUGGAAGUCAAACCUGAGGAGGAGGGAUCAGGGGAUGCAGGGCCAGGGCGGGACCAUCCGGGAGAGUACACCUGCACUAAGUGCCAUUUCUUCACUGAAGUGGAGGAGGAGAUCUUUCGUCACUACAGGAGAGUUCACGGCUGCUGUCGUUGUCGGCAUUGUAGUUUCACUGCCACGGACACCACAGCGCUGCUGGACCACUUUAACUCCGCCCACUGCCAGGACUCUGGGGAUCCAGCCUCUGCUCCUGCCAACGGCUGCUCUGCCCCCGCAACCCUCCGCAUCAAAGAGGAGAGCAAAGGUGAUCUGAAACUCUAUAGCCUGGUGCCCACAGAGGACAGCAGAGCCGAGCCGCUUCCCGGCUCAGAGGUCGUGAAAAGUGAGGCCCAGGAUGAGAAGGAGAAAGGCUGGGUUGAAGCGCUGGGCCCUGUGACUGGCAGUGGAGUCCGAGGUGGGGAACAACAUGUGCAGAGCCUGGUGUGGGUGUCCAAAGAACGUGCAGGGGAGAUUCUUAGGGGAAGCCCAGCCCCGUUCCCCCAGGCCACACUGGGUCUACUUAAUGCUGUGGCAGCCGGGGUAAAAGACCAGCAGCAGCAGCAGAAGGGGGCGACCAUGCUUAGAGACUCAUCAGGACUGAUCUUCAGCCUCAGCGCCGAUGCUAAAGGAUACCUGCCAGGGACACCAACAAGCGGUGCAGAGAAAGCUGGGCAGCAGUACCCAAGUUCUACCGAGGGCAAGAGCGCCAAGGAAGAGUCUCAGUCACUCUUAAGGAGACGGCGGGGCUCGGGGGUCUUCUGCGCCAACUGUCUGACCACCAAGACCUCGCUGUGGAGGAAGAAUGCCAACGGUGGCUACGUGUGCAACGCGUGUGGCCUCUAUCAGAAGCUGCACUCGACCCCUAGACCGCUGAACAUUAUCAAGCAAAACAACGGCGAACAGAUUAUCCGUCGACGGACACGCAAGCGCCUGAAUCCCGACCCCAUACACUCUGAGCAGGUGGGGUCCAAGCAGCAGCGUGUCAACAGCGAGGAGCGUCUCAACGGCAGCCCCUUAGAGAGGAGGACUGAGGAAGCAGGAUCUGAUGGGUCUUUAUCACGUACCGAGCCCCAAGCCCAGUUGGGUAAAUACGAAGUUUAUGGUCCCUCAGGACCCAAAAGUCACCCUAGCCCCCGCUCCACCCAUGCGUUCCUCAUCAACCAGACGCUGGAGAUCCACAAGCGCAUGCCACCCCUGCAAAUGCACAAGAGCCCUACAGACGGUGGGACCGAGGGCAACGGGCUCAGCGCAGGACCCCAGGGCGGCGACGGCAAAGGUGGCUCAGAACGGGGCAGCCCUAUUGAGAAGUACAUGCGUCCAUCGAAGCAGGCCAGCUACUCUCCUCCUGGAAGCCCUAUCGAGAAGUACCAGUAUCCAUUCUUCAGCCUACCCUUCCUCCACAACGACCUGCAAAAUGAAGCGGACUGGUUGCGCUUCUGGACUAAGUACAAGAUGUCUGUGCCAGGCAACCCGGGCCACUACCUGAGCCCCGUGGCUGGCCUUCCCAAUCCGUGCCAAAGCUUUGUGCCUUACCCUUCCUUCAGCUUACCGCCUCAUUUCCCCCCACCAACCCCCUCUGAACCCGAAAGCGACACUCCUCUCGAUCUGGCCAUGAAGCAUUCCAAACCCAGUCCUACGCCCAACGGGACCCUCGUCGCCAAGGAGAAACAGGCAUCACCUGCUUCUGAAAGGGAGCGGGAGACAGAACGCUCAGAAGAACCCGAAGAGGAGUGCUCUUCUUUUUCUUCACAAGUCCCAAAACCAGAGAAGGUUGAUCAGGCCACACAAGAUGAAAUUUCGAGCAAAUGCGCCCACUGUGGCAUUGUCUUCCUGGACGAGGUCCUGUAUGCCCUGCACAUGAGUUGCCAUGGUGACGGCGGGCCCUUCCAGUGCAGUAUAUGCCUGCACGCUUGUGCCGAUAAGUACGAUUUCACAACACACAUCCAGCGAGGCCUCCACCGGGCAGCCCCCGAGGCGAACACCAACCCCUCUAACCAAUGAGCUUUACAAACCUGCAGUCCGAGCACAGUGAGGAAAGCGAGGGAUUGUACGAAUGAAUGCAUUGAACUUUUUGCUUGAAAUGUGCCAAGACGGAUCAUGGUGCCUAAGCAGCCAAUGCAAGAAACUUCAGUCAGCAUAGCAUUUCUGUGAGAGCUCACACACAGACACACACACACAUACUUUUAACGAACAAAGACUGCUUUUUGAAUACAUCGGUACUUGUAGCUACUCAAUCUAAAUAUAUUUUCGUUAGUCCAGAUAUAUAAUUUUCAACAAGGCAGUUCAGCAAGCAAGGUACAUCUACUCCAAUUUAAUGCUUCAUUUCUCGUCGUUGUGUGUAUUCACAGAUUUAUGGAAAGUUCUCUUACCUGGUUCUGAUAAAAAUGAGGAUGUGUCUCUGCAUGUGUGGCUCAGUGUAGGAAAAUGUGGCAGUCAUCUGUCACUAUGGCAACAGCAUAAAUGACUGCCGUCCUCAAACAUCCAGCAUCCUCAGGGAAAUGUGUAUGGCUGAAUAGACAACAUUAGUUUAUAGUCUGACCGGCUCGAGUUAACAUUAUACUAAAUGUCUUCAGUUUUCUGUUUUUUUUUUUUUUUUUUUUUUUUUUUUUGGGGUUAGGUAGUUAGGUUCACAGAAUUCCAUCAAAACUUUAAAGCUGCUGCCUUAGUUGCUGGGAUGCAAUUCUCUACUCUAGAAAUUUGGGAAGGAAGUAAAAAAAUAUAUUUUUUUCUAGGUUGUUAAUAGUAAAAUCAUAUUAUCAGUGCCUGAUAUAUUGUACAAAGUAUUUUCUACAUGAGAUGUUGAUAUGCAACAUUGAACUUGCAUCUGAAUAAGGGCCUUGAGUUUGGCUCUGACAAACGUUUACAAUUUGCAAAUGUAGCAAACGACGUAAUGAAGCAACACCUGAAUUUUUUUUUUUUUUUCUUCUUUUUUUUUUUAAUCUUUGGCCACAAAAGGGCACUAUUCAUUCCAAGCAUUUUCUGUCAUUUUCUGUUGCCUCUCCUUACCAUGUACUUGUGCUUUGUAGUUGAUGAAGAAGCUUGUAUCGGACUGAAGUCUUCCUGUAUUUUUCUCCUGCUCUUCUGAUACCGAACAAUCAAGGGAAACUGAUGAUUCUGUGCUACAUUUGGUCAUUUUAAUGGAGCUGGUGCUCUGUAAUAUAAAAAUAAUAACAUUCUGCCAGUCUAAAUUCAUUCCACCUUUAAUUCUAAAGAGCAGUUGAAAACACCUUAGAAUUUUUUUUUUUUUUUUUUUUUUUUUAACAAUUUUAUUCAGUGUUCUGUUGAUGAAACUUAAUAACUGCAGGUGUUUCUGGUGCCUUUCAAUGGCAGUUGUCUCAAAGAGGCAUAACAUUAUUUAUAUUGUUGUUUCACCCAGCUGUUCUAUGGUUUUUAUGCUCCUUUUGCCAUUUUUAUCACGAUAAGUGGACAACUGUCUACCUGAGCAACUGAAAACAUGUUUUUAAGUAAUAAUGAGCUCAGAAAUUAUCCAGAUAUACUUUAUCAAGUCAAGCACUUGAUAUAUUUUAAAGCUGUUCAUGCAUAUUCAGUUUUCCAUUUUAAUUGAAUAGAAUGGAAAAAAAAUUAACCUCCCAGAUUCUGUUUUUUUUUUGUUGUUGUUGUUGUGCUCACAUGUCCCACUUCUCCACACUUGCUUCUUUUCAUGGUCACAGGUUCAAUGAGUUGGGUCUAGUCUGACUUCAUACAGACUUUAUUUAUAUGAACUGGGGAAAAGGGGGAGAGAAUUGAGGCUCAAAAUGUCUAAUUUGCUCUCUCUCUGUUUCUCAGAAACUAGCCUUACAACGCUGCUUAACUGCAAAUGCCUCUUAAAAAUAACUGAAAUCAUUAUACUGUCGCUUUUCAACAAACCAUUUAUACAGUUGGGUAUUAAAUAACAAGAUUCUUUAUUUUUAUUUUUUGUCUAAAUUUUCUUUUUAAUUUGAAAAUUAAUGCUUGCACUUCAGUUACUCUAUUGCAAAAGAAGAAAGAUGAAAUGUGUUAUUAGCAUGCUAAGUACAGGUACUGCAUUAUAAUAAAUGAAAGAGAUCUUGCCUAUGUUUAAAGGUCUCGGCAAUAUUGAAACACAAGGAGUAUUUGAUGGAGCCUGGAAGCUAGUUUGGCCAAGGUCAAGGCAAAGGGCAUAAAUAUGUAAAUGUUUUAACCAUUAUUCUUAGAAUGUUAUUGUUUUUACACUUGCUGCAUUUAAAGUGCAUAGUUGAUGAUUUUAGGAUUUUCUUUUUUUGUUUCAGCUGCCACCUUAACUUUGUUUUUAUUAUUUCAUUCUUUUUUUGUGUGGUAGGUUUUUACAUGCAAAAAGUUUCAAUAAAGAUGGCAAAGAUGUCUGUUACAUCUAAACUUGAAUAAUAAUGAUGAUGACGAUGAUAAUAAUAAUGAUAAUAAUAAAAUAAAACAUUUUAGCAAUU